UACUCUAACAAGGCAAGGUAAAAAACACAGAGGAACCUCCAUUGCUACCAUAUAUUGAAUUCACAUAUUGCUCAUACACUGCUAAGGCUGGUUCGUUACGUGAGAAACCAGCCAUGGCUAGGAAUGUGUGGAUUGUGGUGGUGGUGGCGGUCGCCGUAGGGUUUGCUGCUUCGAGCCAUUGUGCAGGCCCCGAAUCGGAUGCGAAUUCGGGAUCAUAUCCGAAUGCGGUUGACAGUGGCACAACUAGCUAUGACAGAGACUCUGAAUGCAUUUUGUCUUUGCUACCAUGCAAGGCCUUCCUGAACACAACGGAGCCUCCGUCAUCGGCGUGCUGCAUUCCUUUGAAGAAGAGCAUUGAAACCAAUGCCGUUUGCCUCUGCCACCUUAUCCACAAUACUCCCCUUUUCAUCUCCAUCAAUGGUAACCAGACUAUGGCCCUGGAGAUGCCUAAGCGUUGCCGCCUCAUCGACGAUGUCUCCUUGUGCGAUAAGAUAUUAGCCAUGGACUCAAGCUCCAAUUCGCCCCUUGCUGUGAUGAAAGCUCUUCCUAAAGAAGGUAUGAAGGGCUCUUCGGAUGCGAGCAAGGCCCCUUCUAAGGCCCCCUUUGGUUUGCUUCUGUCCCUCGCAUGGGCCUGCAUAUGUCUCAUCCACUCUUGCCCUUAAACAUACACAAUGUUUAUUUGCACUUUUUUUUUACUUUUUUUUUUUGAGAAUGGGUUGGGACCUUAGCGGUAGUAUGGUCGAGCUCCAUGAUGAAUUCUUGAAUUUUAUUCUCACCAAAGAGUAAGGGCCCAAAUCCCCAUUGACUGUCCUUUUUUUUUA